GCAUAGAUCUAGUACUAGAUCUAGAUCUAGUAGGGCCUAGGCCUAGUCUAGUAUUCCCAAAGCUGGAUAACAGGCAAUGCUUCUGCGCAUGAGCGCAUUAACCUCAUUCAUAAAUAAACAUCGCCUUCACAGAUUACUCACAUUUGGUUUAAGCACCGAGACAGAAACAAUAAAUGAAAUACGAAUAUCCUAGGCCCAAGUGACUAUUUCAGUUAUUUGAUUUAAUGAUUUAAUCUAGAUCUAGUCUUACUAAAUCGACGGUCACCAGCUAUUGUGUUUUUCUUUCGUUUUUGCGGAAGAUUUUAGGUAGGCUACAUGAUACUAUUGAUAGGCCUAAAUAAAAUUAUUAAAAUUAUCUGAGACUAGAAUAGAUUUAAUCAGAAAGCUAAGAAGAUGCCCAGGAAGUCAAAGGCAUCCUUUUUAAACUUUUGCUUUGAUGGACAAUCUAAUUUGUUGCUGUCAAGAUUGCUUAUUUUCUUUAUCUUCUCAUUGGAUUUAGAAGUUGCACAAGGACUCUCUACAGAACGCUGUCCAAAAAAUCUGGUAACGGCCUAUCUACAAGCUGCUGAGUGGGGUAAAUGCUAUGAGUUUCAUACAGAUGAAAGAACUUGGAAUGGUGCUAACAAUGUGUGCCAUAACAAGGGGGGGAACCUUGUAACUAUUAAAGAAGAGAGAAUUCAGAAAUUUUUAUUCAAGGCCUUACUUCAUUAUCGGUGGCCUAGAAAUGGGCUUUGGAUUGGUGCAUCUGAUAGUGAUAAAGAAAUGGACUGGAGAUGGGUUACAGGUGAAAAGGUUAAGGAUGGUUACAAUAAGUGGGCCAAGGGUCAACCAAGUUGUUCAUUUCUCUGUCUGGAAGAUUGUGCUGUUAUGAGAUGGAAAAUUGCUGGUGGAGAAUGGCAUGAUUACCACUGCUCUUUAUUAGAAAAAUAUUCAUUUAUUUGUGAAUAUAAUAUGCUGCCUGAGCCAACUACAACACCCACUACUACACCACAUUCAACUAAGACAACCACUACUUCUACCACAUCUCCUGGAACUACCCCAGACACUGUCAUAAUUUUGCAAUCAGCAAUGCAAACUUCUUCUCAAGUUGUUAAAGAUGUGAUGACAACACCUGUGAAGAAUCUAAAUGGGUCUUCAGACUUAAUACCACUUGCUGUAUUGGCACAAAAUCACGACCAAAGCCCUACAACCUCAAGUCUUAGAACUGGUACUUUGGCAGUGAUUGUGUGUUUUGUAUUAGUCCUCCUGUUUGUGGCAGUUGUGCUUUUCAUUUUUUUCAAACGAAGACGCAGAAACAGAGAAAAAGAAGAAGACUUUAGUGUAAGUUAUGAAAAUCCAUCAUAUGGAGAAGUCAAACGUCCACUUUGUAACUAUAAAAAUUCAAUCAAUGAAGACAUUAAUGAUUGUAAAAAUAAUAGUAGUCUCAGACCAUCACUUGCUGCACAAGAUGCUAGGCUCUUGCCUCAAAGUCAUUCUCAGCUGAGAGGUGAAAAUAAAUAUGAUACUCCACCAACUUCAUCAAGGUAUAGAGAAAAACUACCAAAGAAUACUUUUGAUGGAAGCAAUGAAACUUUAGCCAGCUCUACAAAAAGAGCCUUCUUGGAUCAUGACAAAAAUGAGGCAUAUACCUAUGAUGUCCCUCGCUCAGCUCUAAGUCAAGCAAUGGCCACUGGAAGUGAAAGCAUAUCUGAUGAACCAUACUACUAUGAUGAUGAAACUAAUAUUUAUGAGUCAUUAGAUGGUUCAGGGGAUGAAGAGUUUCAGAAUAAUGACCUGGACAGAGAUGACAUUGUUUACAGUAAUGUUGAAGCUUUAAACAAAAAUGUCUAUGUUCCUUUCCCAUUUGAUGGAGCCAAUUCUAAAUAACGUGACCACUGAAAACUACUUACAUUUGGUAAAAAUCUACAAAUCUAAAGGAAAUAUUUGAGAUUUUAGUAAAAGUUUGUUUUAAAUAACAUUGUAAAAAUAUUUUAAUACAAUUAUUUUGAAUAAGCAAAAUCUAUUAUAAAAAUCUAUCCAUAUGUUUAAAUACAACAUUCAACUAAUUAACUUAGUGUUCAAUAAAUAAGAACAUUAUAUCAUGUUAAAUACAUUUAAUAAACUUUUAAACACAUUUACGUUUACUAUGUCCCUCCAAUGAAAGAAUAUUUUGAUAAAAUAUAUAACUUUUGAGAUGAAUUGUGAGCGUUUAUUGUACAAUAUUGACCUGUUUGUUUUUAUUAUUCUUUGAUACAAAAUUAUUAUGCAUGCGUUUAUACAUUUUAAUGUGAAUGUAACAAAGGAUGAAAAAAAAGGAUAUUUGUAAAUAUAUAUUUCAUGCACGGUGAAAUUUGUCUUAUAUAUUUAAGCUGAAUUUUGAAAUUCUUGGUCAAAGGCUUAUUGUACAUGUAAAAAAUAUAUAUAUUAGCAGUGAUCACUCUUGCAGCAAUUGACAUUGAACUCAAUUUUAAAAACUUUGUAUCUAAUGAUUUGUUUUUACUUAAAAAUCAUGUAGUAUAUUAAAUAGGUAAUUUAAUAUCUUUGAUCAUAGUCAUAGUCACAAAACAUGUAAACUUUACUCCAUUUGUCCUAUUUACUUUUAAAAUGUAUAUAUUUGAGAAAAAAAUAGUGUUUAUGUUGAAAAGAGAUCAAGUGUUUAUAUGUUUUUAGUGUACUUCCAAGCAUGUCAAGGGCCUCAUUCAGUGGUACCUUAAGAUACAAAUUGAAUUCAUUCCGUAACAUAUAUUGUAUUCAAAUUGCUUGUAUCUGAAAGUAAUUUUCCCCAUUGAAAAUAAUUGAAAUGCCAUUGAAUUUAUCCAACCAUGUAAAAAUGUAUAUAUACAUAUAAUGAAAUGCUAAUGAAAGUAUGCAAGUUAUUUGGUCUGUCCUUAUGCAUUACUACACCUUUCACACAAUCGCACAAAAUUUUGAAAGGUUGCUUCCGGGGAGGACCUUUGUCAACACAUACUUACUUGUACAUACACUCAUACACACACAUUCAUACGAAUGCUCAUAGUCUCUCUCAUACAUAUAGAUUCAUCCACAUGCACUCUCACACAUUUUUAGGAACACUCAUAAACACUUAUUCAGCUUGCAUAUACACAUACAAAAUCUCACCCAUGAUAAACACACUCCCUCACACACAUUUUAACACUCCUACUCAAACUACACUAAUAAACACACUCACUUUUUGUAAUCACAAUAUAGUUUCAGACAACUACGAUAUAUCCUGUCACUGGGACCCUAUUGUUUAUCAGAUAAGAAUAGCAUCCACUGCUGCAAUGUCUAUUGAAAGUUCCAUCUGGUUGCACGUCGGUAAUGGCGCCAACUACUUUUUAUUUUUUUGUUUUGUUUUUGAUAAACUUAUCUUGUCAUUCUAGAGCAGGCUAUCACAAAGAAGUUACAUAUUGUGCUAUAUUUUGACAACUAACGAAGGUGUAGAUUUUUUGGUCUGUGAGCCUCUUUGCUCUAUGUAGCAUUGCAUAUAGAAGAAGGAUAUACAAUACAAACUUGAGCAACACAUUACAAUGAACCCACAGUCAAAAUUACCACCACACUGUAACAUACACAGGAAAUUGGCUGGCCAAUGUAUGAAACACAUUGUGUGCUAAAAGAUUUUCCUGCUUUGUUAUUUUGUCCAUGAUUGAUUAAACACUUUUAAAAACUAGCUUUUGUUUGCCCAACUGGGAUUUUUAAUGUUCUUUUAAAUGAAGCAUAUACUAAUAGACCUAAGCUUACAAAAAGAUUUAUUUCAUUAUUUGGUUUUAUCCCAGUGUGAUAAAUCGUUUAAAAACUUAAUGUAUUUUGAUGUGUUUUUUUUUCUGUGCAUGAAACCUUAUUAGUCAUCUGCAUGAUUCUUUAUAUAAUAUGCCUAAUUUUCUUCUGUCAAAUAAUUUUUUUACUGCUGUCGAUAAUUUAGCUCUUGGUUGUUAAAAAUCAGAGUAAACCUAAUGCAAAUUGUUG